CGCAUGACUGCGCCAAAUGUACCAUCUCAAGGGACAAGUAAGGACCAACCUCCGUCCCCAAACUUUUCUGCUCUGUUGCAGCCUCAGCAACAGAGCCCCGAUUCAACCGUCUCGGGAUGCUCGCAAAUUGGUGAGUUAGAUGUUCAACUCCAUAAUGGAGGAGCGACAACGAAUCUCGGUCUGGCCAAUCCACUAUCCGCUGGUUGGGAUGCACUAGAUGCCGUCGCCAACGAGGGAGGGAUGCAGAGUGUGUAUAGUAGUCACGACAUCUUCCAGUUUUUGACCGAGGCGUUGCCCGAGAUCUGGCAUAAUGACGAUGAUGUCAACCAAUCCGCUGUCCUGUCGCCAUAUCCAGCGUCGUCACCAUACACUGGUAGUAUGCUGCCGCCACUGGCGGAUUCCUCUCGAGGGCGGAAUGCUCCUGAGAGUGAAGAUUUUGGUCAUGCGCUCAGUCCGUUUGGAAAUGGUCGAGCCUUCGGUACACUGCUGCAGGAGGAGGACAAGCGAUACUCGUUGGACAUCCCGGCAGCGGUUGCAGACGACGUGCUGUACUUGUUCUUCCUGCGGGUACAGCCGUUUCUGCCUCUGUUCCAUCGACCACAGUUCUAUCAGACAUACAUUGCGGUGCCUCGGAGCGCAAAGUACGUCGAUUUAACAAAGCAGUCGACCUUUUUGCUUUACGCAAUGAUGGCCCUUUCGGCGCGUUACUCGACCUCUUCCUAUUUUGCAGAUGUGCAUGUGAAGGACCGGGGAGCUGCGUUCAUGCGGAAAUUGGGGCGGCUGAAUAACGACCUCAUCACUAUCGCCGACACGCAGGCACCAUCGUUGCCCUUGCUCCAAGCCUACAUACUUGUCGCGUACUAUCAUCGCUCAUGUAAUCCACCGAAUGACGCCACGAAGCUAGUGGAGGUGUGUCUGCGACUCGCUGAGAAGCUUGACCUACACACAAUCGACAAGGCCGUUUUCGAUCAGCCGGUGGGAGAAGCGAAUGAAACAACGGCGCAGCAAUGGAUUUCAAUCGAGGAGAAACGCCGUGCUUGGUGGUCAAUGUGGGAGUUGGAUGCGUUCGAAUCCAUCUUGACCUGUCGUGCUUCGGGCAUUGAUCUAAGCCAGGUACACAUUCGCCUACCCGUCCCGGACGAGGCAUGGUUCGCCGGAAAGCCCGUGACAUCUGCUCGAUUUAACUUCGACCUCUCUCUAUGUUGGAAGGUUCUCAAAGAUGCCCCCAAUCAAGAUGAGUGGGCGUGGUGUCUUGUCAGCAAUUACAUUCUCGUACAGGCUUUCGCGAUUACUCGACAGAACGCAGUGCACGAAAAGGCCAUAGAUGAACUGGAGAUGGUCGUGGCCUGCUUCUCCCUCUUGUUCCACGAAAAGCUGCGAUCCUCUAUCAACAAUCUCAAAUUCGACAAGGAUAACUAUGUGGGGAGUAACUGGGCGGUUUUGGCACAGUUGAUGAUGCAAUCGACACGAAUAAUCGUCGGCCUACUGCAUAGGCGAAGCGCAUUGAAGAUGGGCGCUGCUCGCUCCGAGGUCUUUGAAAACGGGACUGUCAAACCAGGCUGGGAGGAGCACAUUGUCACUGAUGCAAGCAUCCAAAAUUUCCAACAGCCCGUCGAUGAGGUCUUGCGACUGUGUCGUUCAUGGCCGCCCGAAGGCAUUGUCUUCGCGCCGCCUACCUUCAUAUUUAGCGUUCUUGGACCAGAGAUGAUGAACUUCCAGGUAACUCGACUCCGAAGACUGGACUCGGAGAAGCCCGCAAACCGUGCCCAGCAUUCAUUGCAGGAGGAGCUACUGAUUCUCGUGGUUACGCAUUUCGCCCGAUACUGGAAUAUCGGUGGUGUCAUUUUGAAUAUAUUGGCUUGACGAGCGGUUGGUCGGGUCUGUUGCCUGCGGCUUGAGUUGAUGUACAUUUAGAUGGCGGGGUUCGAGUAUGACAAUUGUUGGAUUGUGGCCCUGUAUUACGAAACCUCUGAUGGAUCGAUAUCCUGACCUUAGUUAGAGGGGGGGUGAGCUGACAUAAAACCCCUCUCGAGAAAAGAGGGGGCCGCAGAGAUCCUAGAUCAAUACAAUCAUCAUCCUUGGG